AGAGCCGAGGGAGGCGGAGGCUGGGGCUGGCAGGGAAGGGCGCGUGGAGCCCAGAGUCGCAGCUGCCUCAGAGCACGCUGAGGUCGCCGCCGCCACCACCGUGCAGCUCAGCUCGGGCCGCCGGGGAUCGCGGAGCCUCCGGGGAGCGGGAGCCAGAUCCACAACAUGGGCCAAGUCUGAAAGCCACAGGCCAGAGGAGGAAGACACCAAGUGCUGACUGGGCACGGUGGAGAAUUGGGGAUGUGGAGGCUGAGGCCAACAGGCUGCGUUAUCCCUGCAGGGGCCAGGGUUCCCCGCUGAGGCUGGACCAAAGGGACCUUAUUUGGUGAAGACCUGAGCCCACUUUGCUUCCCUGAGAAGUUGCUGGCCUUUGAACAGCCCGGGAUUUAUGGAGACGCCUGUGGGGAGCAGUUUUGAAUACUGCCACGCGCAACAUCGCGCCCGCCGGUGAGGAGGCGCCCGCCCCCAGCUGUCACCAUUCAAGGCUCCUGCGAAUGGCUCCCAACGCCCGGCGUCCGCCCGUGGCUGUCCCUGCUGCCUGAGCCCCCUGCUGCUCCCAAGGACUCCCCGUACCCCGAUGGGGUAACGUGACCCAGGACCCCGUCACUGCCCCGAACUUUUCAGUAUCUACAGAGGCCUUCUCUCCCCAGUCGAGUUCAGUUUUACGUCGCUUCUGUUCCUUGGGAUUUUUUUGGGGAGGUUUUUUUUGUUUGUUUUUUUUUAAACUUAGAUCCCUCUGCUUCUUUUGAUUGCCCACCCCAAGAGUGGGAGAGGGAAGGCUGAAAGAAAGGAGGCUCCUUUAGCGUUUGCCUGCUGCUGGCUGGGCCCGGCUGUGUACAGCUGCGUCCCACUGCCUAAACGGGGGCUCACAGAACAGCAGAUCUAUGGUCUUUGUCCUUGGGGCCCUCCCCUCCCUAUCCUAUCCCAUAUAAGUAUUUGGCUUCAAGUUCUGGAGUCUUGGCCUGGUUGUUACGUGUAUAGAAGGGCUUUUUGGGGGUGGGGGAAGGGGGUGCAUUUUUUUUUAAGAGUCAGGCUUUUUGGUGAUUUUUUUUGCUUUUGUUUUUCUUUUUAACAGACUAGAACCCUUGUGACAACCUUAACACGUUUCCAGAAGCCGAUAACAUUUGCACAACAUUUGUGUUGGUUUUGAGGGGUGUUGCUUUUUAACUCUUUUUUUGCCCCCACCCUCAAAAAGCACAGGGCUCUAUUUCUCUCAUUGGGUGUUUUAUUUUAUUUUAAUUUUUUUCUUUUGGUGGAGGUAGGGAUCUGACGGGCGCCCUGGUCCCUUUGUACCUCCCCAUCCCUGAUCCCUCCUCUAGUCUUCCCCUCCUGGGCCCCUUUCUUACCUUCCUGCUGCCACAAGAGGCCACACCAUGGCUCGGAUGAACCGGCCAGCCCCUGUCGAGGUCUGCUACAAGAACAUGCGGUUCCUCAUCACUCACAACCCUACCAAUGCCACCUUGAACACCUUCAUUGAGGAUCUAAAGAAGUAUGGGGCCACCACUGUGGUUCGGGUAUGUGAGGUGACCUAUGACAAGACCCCUUUGGAGAAGGAUGGUAUCACUGUCAUGGACUGGCCUUUUGAUGAUGGAGCUCCCCCUCCUGGCAAGAUCGUGGAAGACUGGCUCAAUCUGCUGAAAACCAAAUUUUUUGAAGACCCUGGCAGUUGUGUUGCUGUCCACUGUGUGGCUGGCCUGGGGCGGGCUCCUGUCCUUGUCGCUCUGGCCCUGAUUGAGAGUGGGAUGAAGUAUGAAGAUGCCAUCCAGUUCAUUCGACAGAAGCGAAGGGGUGCCAUCAACAGCAAACAACUCACGUACCUGGAAAAGUACCGGCCAAAGCAGAGACUCCGAUUCAAAGACCCACACAACCACAAGAAUAAAUGCUGUAUCAUGUAACCUCGUCAGCCUCUCGCCAAGCACACACACACCUGCCCCCACAGACCGACACUCUCUCUCUCUCUCUCUCUCUCUCUCUCUCUCUCUCUCACACACACACACACACACACACACACACACACACACACACACACACACACACACACACACACACACACACACACACAGCCUGCCCCUCACAUGCAGGCUUGGAUGGUUCAAUGGCUGAAGAUUUGGAUAAAAGAGACACUGACAGAUUUUUUGUUCCUCCCCAAUGAAGCAUUCUCUUGUCUCCUUUCUUGCUUGGCCUCUCUUUCUCUGUCUCUUCUCUAAUCUUUGGCUUCUGACCUCUCCCAUAUCUUCUCUAUAACCUCUUCCGUUCUC